CCAGUGGCGGGCCAUCGACCUUUGAGCAUAGUUCUCCUGCAAGGCAGGCCUUGCUUUUCUUCCGAGUCAGAUCUUAUAAUGGCGUUCUCUCCGGGUCUGUUCAUCUUGUUGUGCUUUAUCAUCUUUCCCUUUGCCAUCUCCGCUCCAUCACCUGCAUCAACAAGCAUCACCCUAUGGCAGUUUGGCCAGCCACGGCUUCUAAACGCUCCACUCGGCACGCUUCCUCUCAUUCCGCUGGGCAGCGAAGGCGGCGCUACGACGUAUCUAUAUCAGGCUCUGGUCCCUGCAACACCCACGGAUGAUCCGAGAGUAAUUGCGACAUCAACGGUGGCGCGGACAAUAAUUGCGUCGGCUUCCGGCUGGGUCGAGCCCUUCGAUAAUGGGAACAACAUCGCCUGCCAUCUCAUCAACCCCACCUUCGGCGCGUGUGUAGAGGGUACGGCAAGCCAGACGGCAAACAUGGGAACACCAACACCAGAGGUGCUACAGGUUGCUUUAGAUGCACUUCCUGCGGCCCAGAGCUUUCUGCCGAAUCCGUCGACUUCGCUGCCUCAAAGCACACAGGCUGCCGCGGGCCUGCCGCUACCGGCAAUCGUCGGCGCAGUUGUCGGCGCCGUCCUGCUGAUAGCAAUUGUUGCUGGUGCUUGCUUCAUCCUCUCACGCCGGCGGAGGAAGCAACGCAGCAUUGAAGACGGAAUGGCCCCGCGGCACUUCCUCGCCCCACCCACUGCAUACCCUUCCGCUCCGAAAAUGAGCUACAGCUACACGCCGUACACGCCGAACGCCCACCGACGCGGUCUAACCAUCGAUACAAGCGUCUCAACUCUCGUCUCCUCCACCCCGAGCAUGUCGCAGAAAUCCAACCACCUCGGCGACGUCGGCUAUCAACAGCGCCUUGAUCCGCCAGCGCCGUCAGUGCACGCGUCCUCUGCGGCUUCCGUCCUGACGAACCCAUAUCCUGAGUCCGCGCUCACAAACCCAUACGCCGAGUCUGUGCUCACAAACCCGCAUUCGCCUGUCCCAUCAAUGUACCCCGAGCUAUCCGGCGCUCUCGGGCCAUACGGGCAUCUCAGUCCGCCGGGACAUUGGCGCGCCGGCGUUGGUGGCGAGGAGUCCAGAGUUCCGGCGCAUCCAGGGGUCGCUGGCCGAGCAAUUGCAAGCAGCAGCAGUGUAGUAGUAGACAAUGCGCCUCUCCCCACCUCCUCUUCAGGCAGCUUUGCACGCGUUAUGUAUGACGACAACGGUGAGGAUCGAGCAGAUGAUGCCCCGCCGCCAAUGUAUUCGGGACCAAGUUCCUCCAAGAUCGUAGUUACUGGCGACGUGAAAACUACUAGAGAAUGA